ACUAUUGUUUUUUAAAGAUACAAACUACAGAAAAUACACCCUCAAAUCCAUUUACAAAACAUAGUUCAUAAUCCACCUUCCAUUUACAAGAAGAAUACGCAUUCGACGGUCACGAUUAACUGAUUAGUUUGUUCAUUUAUCUAUUUUUUAUAUUUUUUGGGGACGUCUUUACAGGCGAAAAUUUCCAUCGGUUUACAUUCGUACCGCCAACAGUCAGCGGCAGCUAGAGCGAAGCAACCAUUCAAUCCCGAUUACUUUUGAACCCAUUAACCAUCGUCGACAACACCACCGGCAAAUUGAUUUGAUUCGACGCUCAGUGAGAGACGAAAAUGGCAUCGGGUUGGGGAAUCACAGGGAACAAAGGGCGCUGCUACGACUUCUGGGUCGACUUCAGCGAGUGCAUGUCUCGCUGCCGUCAGCCAAAGGACUGUGUUCUUCUUCGCGAAGACUACCUCGAGUGUCUUCACCACUCCAAAGAGUUUCAACGAAGAAACCGAAUUUACAAGGAGGAGCAGCGUAAAAUAAGGGCAGCUGCGCGGGCCAAAGAGGGUGGAGAGGUUGAUAAGCAUCACCAUCCAUAGCAGAAAUCGAUCAUCAUUUGAACUGAAGAAAUAAUAAAUGUUGGGAGAAUAGAUGCUGUAUUAUUUUUUCUAAGACUGGUCUUUUACUUGAUUAUGUGAUCUGUUUUGUUUCUCCUGGAAUGAGUGCGGGCCUCGUUGGUCCAUGCAAUAAGAUAAUGGUCAAUUUAGUUUUGCUUGCAGUAGUUGCAGAUUGGACAUUGAUUUGCUUGGUGACUUAAACCGGCGUUUCUGCUCUCCAGACUAAAAUGACUUGUGGAAUAUAAACCCGAUUCGGUUUUAA